AUGUUAAAAUAUUUAUUUGGUCAUCGUUCAUCUUAUUUAAAUAAUGAAACAAUUGAUAAAGUUCAAUCAUUAUGUCGUACAAUUGAAAAUAAAAUUGAUCAAAAUAUUCUUCAUCAACAAAUAUCUCAAUUAUUUAAUUGUUUAUUAAAUUGUCAAUCAAAUAAAUCUCCUCGAAUGAUUUUACAAGAACAAAUGAAUUUUUCAUUAAAUAAAAGUUUAUCUCAAACUCAUGCACAAGGUAUUUUUAUUGAUUAUGGUGAAAUAACUAAAGCUGGACAAUUAGUUGCUAUAUAUCCUGGAACAAUAUAUCGUCGUCAUAUUGAUCCUCUUCUUUUACCAUCAAUACGAAAUACAUUUUUACUUUCACGUAAAGAUGAUUUAAUUAUUGAUGGACGUGAUCGAGGUAUAUCACGUUCAAUUUAUUUAUCAUGUCAUGCUCGAUAUCCUUUAUAUGAUCGAACAUGGCUUUCAAAUGAUAUUUUUUUACAUAAAAAUCCUUUAACACUUGGACAUUAUAUAAAUCAUUUUCCAUUUAAUGGAUUACCGAAUGUAACAUAUUAUGAAUUUGAUUUUUAUUUUGAUGAUAAUGAUUAUGAUUUAUAUCGUUUUGUACCAAAUGUUCGAUAUGCAGAUAUAGAUAAUGAAGAAAAAGGAAUGCCAUCAACUGUACUUAUUUCUUUAAGACCAAUUAAACAAGGUGAAGAACUUUUUUCAUGUUAUUUAAAUGUUAUUCAACAAGAGAAAAGAUCUUAG